AUGGAGUCCAUGAACUCGUGGGGAGGGUGGAGGCAAGGGGGGCUCCAACAGGCUUUUGCUGAUGCCAAGGGGAACGGCAGGUUGGAGCUGGCUCUAGCCCUCUCCACGUUCAUCGAUGGGAGCACCCUUCAGAAGCACGUAGCUGCCUUCCAGACCCACGCCCUCAGCAAGGUAAUAGCAGCCAUGUGCGACCGCCCUCGGCCUCUUGACUUCGUCCCGGAGUGCACCAAGCCUGCGUCGUCCCUCUGGCCUUUCUCCCACUCAGACGGGGGCGAUCACGAGGUGUUAGCUAUGAGCGAGCUGCUCAGGCUGAGGGCAUUCAACAGGGCGAUGGAGGAGCUGGUGGAGGCGCAGAAACGGUGGGCCAUCCCUGAUGCUGCACUGCGACUGCGCGUCUGCACUGCAUGGGCGGCUUGCCUCAAAGACCGGUACCGCAAGCUGCUGCAGCCACGCUGGGAUGAUUUGAUCACGUCCAAACACUACAUGCAUACACCUGAGAGCUUAGAGUUAAUGAUUAUGGAAGACUUCUUCCAUUAG